AGGUAAGUGAAUCAAAAUGGGCGCCACGUUGAUACAUACGUUUACAAAACACUGACGGCGACACAUCUGUUUUGUAUGAUCACUACAUAAUAAUAUUUCCGCGCGUGGCGUCUCGAGUGACGAUUUCUCUAUUGCCGCACAAAUUGUCCUCUUGCGAGACGUUAACUUCCAAAUUUUACAGCGUCUCUCGAUACUUUGCAUCGCCGUAUACGUGGUGUGAGGACUCGCCGAGCGAUCGAAGCGUGACUAACCUAAGACAACACUCAUCAAUCGAUGCGAUUUGAGGUUAGGUUUCUCGUUAACAUUCAAACAGAGAAAGCAAUUUCUGUUUGACGCGUUUGUCCGGAGCAAGCUGAACGUCUUGAGGUUGCCUUAAGGUAUCUAACAAUCACGACAAAUUCGAAAAGAAAAACUACGACGACAACAUGCCAACCUGGAAUCAGAUUCAGGCUCAACUGCGAAACCCUAAUAACCCGGUGGUGUUUUUUGACGUGUCAGUGGGGACCACUGAGAUAGGUCGCAUGAUCUUUGAAUUAUUUGAGGACGUCUGCCCGAAGACGUCGGAGAAUUUCCGACAGUUCUGCACUGGGGAAUACCGGAAGGAUGGCGUUCCACUGGGCUUCAAAGGUGCCAUCUUCCACCGUGUAAUCAAGGACUUCAUGAUACAAGGUGGUGAUUUUGUAAAUGGCGACGGCACCGGAGUGUUGAGCAUUUAUAGUGGUGGCACGUUUCCGGAUGAAAACUUCAACCUGAAACAUGACUCGCCUGGACUGUUAUCUAUGGCCAACAGUGGCAAGGACACCAACGGCUGUCAGUUCUUUAUCACCUGUGCCAAAUGCAACUUCUUGGAUGGCAAGCAUGUUGUCUUUGGCAGGGUAAUCGAUGGACUUCUUGUUAUGAGAAAAGUGGAGAAUGUUCCUACUGGACCAAACAAUAAGCCUAAAAUUCCAGUAACUAUAUCACAGUGUGGACAAAUGUAAUAAUGUGGUAAUUUAUUUAGAUUUGUAUAAACUCAGGCAUGAUUACAACAGUAUUAAUAACUGUUUUUUGAAAAAAA